AGAUGGCGACGUCGACCAGGAAGUAGGUAAACAACCGUACAGGGGUAGAAAAAUAUGGAUUAACCCCUCCAAUCCGCCCUUACCGAUCAAGAAAACCCCAGAUUGAGUGGUCGUUAGUGCUCGUGGAGGGGUUUCGCGUACAGGGGGGUUUAAUUAACGCGCGAGAUGGCUGGAGAAUGACAGGGCUUUGACACGUGACCAUGUUUCUGCUCGGAGCCUGAUGCCCACUCUUGCCACGUCUGUUGUCAUGGAAACGGAGGACUAUCUGCACCCCGAGGGCCCUCAGCUGGGGAGCCCAAAGUUCAGCGCUCCCAGUCCUCCUCUCACAAGUUCCAUGGAGAGUCAGCUGUGUCCGUCGAACUCAUGGACGUACCCACAGCAAACUCAAUACAACCAGCACUAUCCUAUGCAAUCUGGGAGGCAGCUCCAGCCGAACCCGUCCUCGGGUCUGGACCUGUCUGACAUAGACUUUCACGACCUUGUGCAGAACGGAGAUUUCUCCCAGGAUCUGUGCAUAGACGAGCUGUCCAACACAUUGCUGUUCUCCUCGCCAUCUGAUUCUCUGUCGGAGUAUCCAGACCCUUCAAGAUUUGGCAGCGAUAGCCUGGCACAGAGACCCGCUGAGGGCCCCGCGCCACAGAUGUACUGGGAUUUACCUGAACACAGUCAGAGACAGCAGAACCUGAGGGCGUUUCCUGGUAGGUUGGAUCCACCUAUCCUGUCUGCGUCGGUCGCAGGAUUUAAGGCUGCUGCUCCUCCGCCGCCACUGGAGGAAGAGGAGGAGGCAGAUGAGGAAGAGACGGAGGAUUUGGGGCAUGCGGACACGUACGCCGAAUACAAGCCAUCCAAAUCUACUAUAGGAGUCUCUCACCCUGACAUCGUGGUGGAGACCAACACACUGUCCAGCGUUCCUCCUCCUGACAUCACCUACACACUGUCCAUUCCCCCCAGCAGCAUUAGCUCCGGCCUGCUGUCCGCCCUGCAGCUGGAGGCCAUCAUCUACGCCUGCCAGCAACACGAGGUGAUUCUUCAGAACGGUCAGCGAGCAGGGUUUCUGAUCGGAGACGGAGCCGGCGUCGGGAAGGGCCGCACGGUGGCCGGAAUCAUACUGGAGAGUUUCUUAAAGGGACGGAAGAGAGCACUAUGGUUCAGUGUGUCAAAUGACCUGAAGUACGAUGCUGAGAGAGAUCUCAGAGACAUAGACGCUCCCAACAUCCCUGUGUUUGCUUUAAAUAAGAUUAAAUACGGAGAUAUGGCUACCUCAGAGGGCGUUUUAUUCGCCACAUACUCAGCGCUGAUUGGAGAGAGCCAGGCCGGCGGGCAGCACCGCACCAGACUCAAACAGAUCCUGGACUGGUGCAAACCCAACUUCGAUGGAGUCAUUGUGUUUGACGAGUGCCAUAAGGCUAAAAAUGCGACCUCCACCAAGAUGGGUAAAGCUGUCCUGGACUUGCAGAACAAACUGCCCCGGGCGAGAGUUGUGUAUGCUAGUGCCACAGGUGCUUCGGAGCCAAAGAAUAUGAUAUACAUGAGCCGACUGGGGAUCUGGGGGCAAGGAACACCAUUCAAGACGUUUGACGACUUCCUGCAUGCUAUUGAGAAGAGGGGUGUUGGUGCCAUGGAGAUUGUUGCCAUGGAUAUGAAAGUGAGUGGCAUGUAUAUUGCACGCCAGCUGAGCUUUUCCGGAGUGUCCUUCCGUAUAGAGGAGAUUACACUGGACAAAGACUUCAAACUGGUCUACAACAAAGCAGCUAGACUGUGGGCCGAGGCUCUUGAGCUGUUCACCACAGCUGCGAAGACGUUGGGUAUGGCCUCCCGUAAGUCUCUGUGGGGUCAGUUCUGGUCGUCACACCAGAGGUUUUUUAAGUACCUGUGCAUCGCCGCUAAAGUCCGUCGUCUGGUUGAACUCGCUCAUACUGAGAUGCAGCACGGCAAGUGCAUCGUGAUUGGCCUGCAGUCCACUGGAGAGGCUCGUACUCGAGAGGUCCUGGACGAGAACGACGGACGCCUGGACAGAUUCGUCUCCGCUGCUGAGGGGGUUUUCCAGUCAUUAGUUCAGAAACACUUCCCAACACAGAAACCUAAAAGAGAGAAAAGCGCCGCAAGCAAGAGGAAACGAAAACCCAGAGGCCGGGCUACAAAAUUUCCAAAGCACCGUGUGGAAGUGGGCGGGGUUAUUAAAAUCAGUGAUGAUUCAGACUCCGACUCGGAUGAGAUCGACAGCGACUCUGACUCCUCCCCUGAAUCGCUACAGGACAGUGACGAUGUGAUUUUCUUGAACCACAUCAACGGGCCUGCUGCUAAACUAGAAGAACUCAAGCAGGGGCUGCUGGGUAAAAUAGCAGAGCUGGGGAAAGAGCUUCCGCUUAACACUCUUGACGAGCUGAUUGACAGGUUUGGAGGACCAGAGAAGGUGUCUGAGAUGACGGGCCGUAAGGGACGUGUAGUGCGGCGUCCUGAUGGCAGCGUUCGAUAUGAGACCAGAGCGGAGCAGGGCUUGACCAUCGACCACGUCAACGUCAGAGAGAAAGAGCGGUUCAUGAACGGAGAGAAGCUGAUAGCCAUCAUCUCUGAAGCGGCCAGUUCGGGCAUCUCUCUACAGGCGGAUAAACGCGUGCAGAACCGCAGGAGAAGAGUUCACAUGACUUUAGAGUUGCCGUGGAGCGCAGACCGUGCCAUCCAGCAGUUCGGUCGAACGCAUCGCUCAAAUCAGGUUACAGCUCCAGAGUAUAUCUUCCUCAUCUCUGAACUGGCUGGAGAGAGACGCUUCGCCUCGAUCGUUGCCAAGAGAUUGGAGAGCCUGGGGGCGCUGACACACGGGGACCGACGAGCCACUGAAUCCAGAGACCUGAGCCAGUACAACUUUGAGAACAAAUACGGCACCAAAGCGUUGGAUAAGAUCACUAAAGCCAUCCUCAGGCAAAUCGACAACAAAGUCCUUCCACCGAAGAGCUACCCAGGAGGGGACAUCAUAUUCUUCAAAGAUAUGAAGAAUGGCAUGAUUGAUGUGGGAAUCUUCUGUAAGGAGCCGCGUCCAAGUCAGAAUACAGAGAAAGACUGCACCAUCACUAAGUUUCUGAACCGUAUUUUGGGUAUGGAGGUCCAUCAUCAGAACUCUCUGUUCCAGUAUUUCACCGAUAACUUCGACUACCUGAUCAACAAGGAUAAAAAAGAGGGAAAAUAUGACAUGGGAAUAUUGGAUCUUGCUCCUGGUAAUGAUGAGAUUCACGAGGAAACACAGGAGAAGUUUCUAACUCCAGGAAACCCUCAGGAGGGCCAGGUCAUCCUCUAUAAGAUCAGUGUGGAUCGCGGGAUGCCCUGGGAAGAGGCCUGCAGUAAAGCAGAGAAACUCACUGGAGAAUUUGAAGGUUUUUACCUCUCAAACAAGCUGCGCGGGAAUCAGCCGUGUGUCCUGCUCGCCGAACAGGGUCGGGGUCGUAAUCUCAUCCUGUUUAAGCCCAACAUCGGCAAACAGGCUCAUCCUGAGAACCUGGACAACCUGCUCCUGAGAUACUACAAGGUGACACCUGAUGAAGCAAAGGAUUUCUGGGAGAGUCAGUUUGUCUUUUCUUUCACCAACUGCACACAUGCCAACUGGAAUGGUAAGUGUAAGCUGAUCGAGCAGGGCCAGGAGUGUUUUCUGGGGAUGCGUCUCAGGCAGUAUCACAUGUUGUGCGGCGCGCUGCUGAGGGUCUGGAAACGAGUGUCUGACAUCGUCUCGGACAUCACCAACUCCAGCAUCCUGCAGAUCGUACGGCUCAAAACCAAACAGAACAGCAAGCAAGUUGGUAUAAAAAUCCCAGAGAACUGCGUGUCCCGCGUGCGCGCUGAGCUAUCUCGGAUGGACGAGGAGGUGAAGAAAGCGCGGCGGGAGAGAGAGCAGUUAGCAAAUGAGCAGCGUAUGCGCCAAGAGAUGCUGGCCAAGAUGAUCAUCGCAAACCCUCCCCUCUCCCUUCAGAACCACCUUCACUACCCACGAUCCCUUCUGCCGCCUGCGGCGAAGCCAAAGAGCGAAGCCGUCAGCGAGGUCUUGGAUCUUACCAUCAGCCCCUGCCCAUCGCCGGACAUCAAAACGCCUGUGCCAGACCUAAACGGCGUGUCCCUACACGGAGGCAUGCUAGGCGCGAGAGGACGCCCGUGCGCGGUUGUUCCCGAGACAUACAACUUGGAAGAUUUGAUCUCCCAGGAGCAGCAGAGACACAGGCAGGUGGCGUUGAACCCGAACGUGCGCAUGUCGUCGUCGCAUGCCACUUUGAACGUCCCGCAGCAGCACGUUCACACACUAAAGCAGAAUCAUUCGUCGUUUGGGGUGCUAACACAGCAGCAGCAGCAGAGCGGCUCACGCGCACAACCGCCCGAGCAGUACCGCGUGCUUCUGUCGCAGCUGCAGCGAGGGCAAGACACAUCGCUCGUGCUGCGGCUUCUCACGCAAAUGCGACAGCAAAAUGGCGUGUCGCCGCAGUCCUCGCGCACUAUGCUACACCAGAACAGUCAACGCAUGACGCACACUUCGAACGCACACUUGCUCGGCAUGCAUGCGCAGCUGUCGAAACAACAUACGAGCGAACAUGCGCAGUCGCAAUCCCUACCGUCGCAACCCCUGCCAUCGCAACCCCAAGCCAUGCAAUCACAUGUCACUCAGCCUGCUACAGAAAGAACGAACAAUGAGUUUGAUUUCGACGACUUGGACUUCGGUUACCCCUCGCCCGAAUCGCAACAUCAGUACCCGUUCACCUCUCAAGCCCUGCCAUCCUCGACUCCGCCCCCUCCUCCUUACUCCUCCUCCCUCUUUGCGUCAGCGCCUACAAACUCCUCCCUCUCGGACUCUAGCUCCUCCUCCUCACACUUCACGCCAUCGUCCUCUUCCUCCGAACAGACGCAUCUGUUACCAAACGGCCACAGCAGUAUGGACGCCCUGGAGACGCUGGAUCACAUGAUCCACAGAACACCCUCGGAUCACCGCCAGUCCGUCAUCCAGUUCAAAACAAUGGACUGGGACGCCACCUAGAGGCUCAAACAUGCACGGUCAGAAAUUCAUUCUCGGCAAGACUUUUGAGUUCUUUCCCAAGUCAUUCUCAGUCCAUAAGCUAAGAGUUGCGUUCGGUUCGUUGACGAUCAAUGAAGACUUGAAAUCAAAUGGGUUUGCCUUAUUUGAAGCAAUAGGGCUUUUCCACCCACCAUUUCAUCACAGCAGACAUUGAGGUAAAAGAGAUGUUUAUUUAUUAAGAUAUUGGUGUAUACUGUUUCCUGUCCAAGGGAGUUUAUCUUUUCGAAUGAAUGCCUUCUGUUAAAUC